AUGCUCGGCAACUUCAUAUGUCCGACAAUCGCCGGGAUCCAAGCAGCGACUUUUGGAUGGCGAUGGGCAUACUACACAGUCGGCAUUGCGUUGACGGCACUCUUCAUCUUGUUUCUGUUCUUCUACGAGGAGACGAAAUAUGUCCCCGCCACUACGGGCUGCGCUGCGAUGAGCGGUCUUGCCGAUCCCGGUUCGGAAACCCCAGGGACGCCUGACUUUGCGUCCCAUUCCCCCUCCGAUGACAAGAGACAGGAACAAGUCUGCAGUUUGACAACCUCCCCGACCUACACUGCUACGUCUCGGCCGCCGCCUCCACCAAACUCGUACCGGCAACGCAUGCGAUUCGUCACCCCAUCUUCGGAAUCGCUGUGGCGGAACUAUCUCACACCGUUCAAGAUGGCCGUCUUUCCACACGUCCUCUUCGCCGCAGUGCAGUGUGCCAAUGUCAUCACGUUUCUUGUGUACCUUGCCAGCGUCAACUCGAUUGUGUUCUCGGGGCCUCCUUACAACUUCUCGACUGCGGGCGUGGGCUUGAUGUUUGUUGGGCCUUUUAUAGGUAACAUGAUUGGCAGCGUGUAUGGAGGCUUGCUGGGUGAUAUGGUCGUGGUGCGCUUGGCGCGCAAAAACAAUGGCGUGUUUGAGCCAGAGAUGCGACUUUACAUCCUCAUCCUGCCAGCCAUUCUGGUUGGCGCAGGGCUAAUGGUGUUUGGAGUCGCGGCCCACCGUGGUCUCCACUGGAUUUAUCCCAGCAUUGGCGCCGCGAUGUUCUCCUUUGGCAUGGGCUCCAUCAUGGACGUGGCAUGCACAGUCGUCAUUGACACAUAUCAGAGCGCCACCGCUGAGGCGUUUGUGUUUAUUAUUUUUAUCCGAAACGCAGCAUGCAUUGGAAUCCCCUUUGGUAUUGUUCCGUGGAUGAAGUCGGCCGGUCUAACCAAGAUGUUUGUCGCCGGCGGGUGUGUGGCAAUUGCCUUGUCCUUGCUCUUCAUUCCGCUCAUUGUCUGGGGGCGGAGAGCCCGUGUAGCCUUUGGUCCGUUUUACGAGAAGCUGGUAGUCGAGAAUGGGGGCUUCGGUAGGGCCUAG